AUGAUGACUUUGCAGAUGGAUAAAACUACUGCUUCCUCGCCAAGGGAGCGAGCCCAAUCCAUAUUUGACAAGACUGUUGAGUUAGAAAACAAGCGUCGGAAGGCUGCCCAGGCUCGAGUUCCAUCUGAUCCAAAUGUGUGGCAGCAAAUUCGUGAGAAUUAUGAAGCAAUAAUUCUUGAAGAUCAUACCUUCUCUGAGCAGCACAACAUUGAAUUUACUCUCUGGCAGUUGCAUUACAAGCGGAUUGAAGAGUUUAGAUCACACAUCAAUGCUGUCUUGGCUUCUAGUAGUUCAGGUGUGGCACAAAAUGUAAAGGGUCCUUCUAGAUCCGACCGAAUUACAAAACUCAAGCUGCAGUUCAGAACGUUCCUUUCAGAAGCAACUGGGUUUUACCAUGACCUGAUCUUAAAAAUUAGAUCAAAGUAUGGUCUUCCCUUGGGCUAUUUUAAUGAGGAUCAAGAUAGUCAAAAUUUGGCUGAUAAGGAUGGAAAGAAGUUAGCAGAAGUUAAGAAGGGCUUGGUAUCUUGCCAUCGCUGCCUUAUAUACCUGGGUGAUCUGGCUCGGUAUAAAGGAGUGUAUGGGGAUGGGGAUUCCAAGAACCGAGAGUAUGCUGCUGCUUCAAGUUACUAUUUGCAAGCAGCUUCCCUCUUGCCAGCCAGCGGAAACCCACAUCAUCAGCUUGCUAUAAUUGCUUCUUAUUCCGGGGAUGAGUUUGCAGCAACAUAUCGCUAUUUCCGGAGUUUGGCUGCGGAGAGUCCUUUCCCAACUGCCCGUGACAACUUGAUUGUUGCUUUUGAAAAGAAUCGUCAGAGUUAUGCUCAACUGUUUGUGGCUGCCAAAGACUCAUCUAAGAAGCUGACUGGUAAAGGAAGAGGUAAAGGCGAAGAUAUUUCAGAGAAAGAUGCGAACUUGGUAGCUGGUCCUGAGAAGGAUAAAGUAACUAUUGCAAAUGAGAUACUCAAAGGUUUCUGCAUUAGAUUUGUUCGUCUCAACGGGAUUCUUUUUACCCGCACGAGCCUGGAGACAUUCAUAGAUGUUCUUGCCUCCACUAGCAGCAGUUUACGAGAACUGAUUUCGUCGGGUGUAGUGGAAGAACUGAGUUUUGGUACAGACACCAGCGACAGCGCACUGUUCAUUGUUCGACUUGUGACAAUUCUUAUAUUUAGCGUCCAUAACUCAAAGAAAGAGACAGAAGGUCAGUCAUAUGCAGAAAUUGUACAGCGUGUGGAGCCUGCCAGAAACUCCUUGACAGCAAGUUUUGAGUUACUUGGACACGUGAUAGAAAAGUGUGCACAGCUGCGUGAUCCUUUGUCGAGUUACUUCUUGCCUGGUGUUUUAGUUUUUGUUGAAUGGUUGGCCUGUUAUCCUGAUAUAGCACUGGGAAGUGAUCCAGAUGAUAGACAGAUUGCUGUAAGAACGAUCUUUUGGAACCAUUGUGUUGCCUUCUUCAAUCAAAUCUUGUCGCUUGGGCCUAUGUUUAUUGAUGAUGUUGAAGAGGAGACUUGCUUCUCAAACAUGAGCAUGUAUGAUGAAAGAGAAACUGAAAACCGACUUGCACUGUGGGAGGACUAUGAAUUAAGAGGAUUCUUGCCACUGCGUCCAGCUCAGACUAUUCUCGACUUCUCAAGAAAACAUUCCUUUGGGACUGAAGGUCCCAAGGAAAAGAAAGCCCGUAUAAAGAGGAUUCUAGCAGCAGGAAAAGCUUUGACCAGUGUUAUCAAAGUUGAUCAGAAUCAUGUGUAUUUUGAUUCAAAGAAGAAGAAGUUUCUUGUUGGUGUAGAACCGUCAGAUGACGUGUUGGAUUCUCAUCCAAGCCCACCUGAAGGUAAUAAUGCUUUGGGAGGUAACCAAGCAAUGAUGAAUCUUAACUCAUCAGUGAUACAACGAGAUCAGCAGAUUUUUUCGGGUGAGGAGGAUGAUGAUGAUGAAGUAAUUGUUUUCAAGCCUCUAGUUACUGAGAAGAGGAAAGGGGCCUCUGACCAAAUAUAUAUUCCUAGUGGAGGCUUCAGGAAACCUGAUCAAGUUGCUACUGUGGGGGAUUUAAAUGCUUUGAGUGCUUCUGACACAGCUUUUCAUGAACUCCUUCUGCAAGCUAGAGGCAAUGCUAAUAUUCAAGUGCCUAUAUCUGUUGGUUCCAACCAUCUGGGACAUCCUCACCCAUCAACCCAGCCCCAGGCUGCGCAGUUGCAACAAGUUCCGACACAGGCAGUGCAUCCUCAGCAAGCCCAAUCACUAGCUGCUGCACGACUUCUACCGAUGCAAUCACAGGUCGGACAACUUCAACCGAUGCAAUCACAGGUUGGACAACUUCAACCUCUACAAUCACAGGUCGGACAACUUCAACCAAUGCAAUCACAGGCCGGACAACUUCAACCACUGCAAUCACGGGUUGUACACUUUCAACAAACUCAAGCACAGGUUUCACAUGUAUCGCCGGUGCAGGCACAGUGUGCCCCCCUUGGUGGUAGCCGUAGCCAGUGGUUACCAGAAGAAGCAGCUUCUGUUGCUAGUAGCCUAUCUGCUUUUACUCAGAUGAGUAAUGGUCUUGUGAUGAGGAAUGACAUGCAAGGAAAUCAUGGAGUAUCCUAUUACCCUGCACAGUCAUUACCGAUCCACCAGUCUUUCAAUGUCAAUGGUAUGGGUGGUAUGCCAUAUUCUCAGUCACAAACACCUGAUGCUGUGUUGCCAUCCAAAACUGUUGCUGUUUCAUCUCCUGGAGUUAUUGCUGAUGGCCUUGGCGUCCAGUCUUCGGUAGCAAGAAAAAAUCCAAUCAGUAGAGCCUUUAGGCAUCUUGGCCCUCCGCCUGGGUUUAACUCUGUCCCGUCUAAGCUGCCAAAGGAGCCAACACCUGGUCCGGAUUUGUCUGGCAACAAUCCACUGGCUGAUGAUUACAGCUGGUUGGAUGGAUAUCAAGCUCAAUCCUCUCGAGGCAGUGGGCUCAACAGUUCCCUGAAUUACGCCUCUUCAGGGAAACCUGAACACAUGGGUACCAGCAAUGGACUGAUGAAUGGGGCUGCCAUCUUUCCAUUCCCUGGAAAACAAGUUCCAACUUCACAGCUCCAAGCAGAUUUCCCAUACUUUCGGAAUAAUCAGAAAGAUAACUUUGUGGGUGAAAACCAUCAAUCAGCUCAACUCCCGGAACAAUAUCAAGGACAGUCUGGUUGGUCAAGUCGUCCCUUUGUGUGA